AUGAUUCAUAUCACCAAUAUUUCAGUGGAAAUGAAGUCAAGAAGAAACGUUAAUUACACGCGUCUUGCUGUUAAUGAAGAUACCAUUGGUUUGACAUUUCAGCAGAAUGAAAACACAUUUGACCCUCGGUUUGACAUGUCAGCAGAAUCCUCAGAUAAAAUCCCAUGGAAAUCAAUUGGACUUGCGGUUUUUCUUCUGUUGUUUGGAUGCAUUCUCCUUAUCCUUUCAUUAUUCGUCUUCACAGGCCACAUGGGUGGAGACAAAUCCCAAGCGUGUGGCCUUUUAGGACUUGGGACACUCACUUUUCUACCAGGGUUUUACGAAACUCGAAUUGCAUAUUAUUCAUGGAGGGGUGCACAAGGGUAUCGUUUUGCAGCAAUUCCUAGUUACUAGCUAUAUCCUAUAUAUCAUAAUCUCAGCAUGUUUUUGUUUGGCUGUAUAUACAUCGUGCUUUUUAAGUGAUGUACAAUUUUGAAAUUUUACA